AUGAGCAGGCCUUCGGAGAAUGCAUCGAAGCUGCAAACUACAACCUCACCAAUCCGGCCCUACCACGCUUCUAGCGUCGCAGAACGCUGCUGGCUGGAGCUGGAGUCGCUUCGGCACAAAGCAAACCGCCUCACCAAAGAGUCCCAGGAGGAAACCAUCAGAGUGCUGAAGGCCUUUCGUAUUGAUGUCGAUACCUUGAAGAAGAACCAGGAGGACGAGGCGCCAAAGAAGAUUCACCAAAGACUGCUGAUGUCUUUCUACGGCUCAGGGGAAGAAGUGGCGGACGACUCGGAUGACGGUAUGGACGACGAAGAGGGGCAGGUUCUCCGCGAUAUGGGGUUCCGCACCGACAGCAGCAGCGACAGCGACAGCGAUGCUGAGGAGAACGAGGGGGGGGUGGAAGGCGGCGGUGGGAAGGAGGAAGGCGACGGUGAGAAGGACAACGACCGGGAUGCUGCCGCUGCUGCUGGGAUUAACAAAAUGGACGUAGACGACCACGACGGCAAGAAGCUUGCCGGCACCGAUAAUCCAAGGCCGGCGAUAGCACACAACAAGGAAGAAGCCGUGCAGCCUGGCUCGAUGGCGCUGCGUCCAAAGUCGGCGACCAGCCCACGGAAAGCUACAUGA